GACGUUGUAAAGACCCUUUUAAAUUGACAGCUUGAUUUGGUUUGGUUUCCGCUGCUGUGCUAUUGUGCUAUUUUCCUAAAAUUUGCUCAAAAAGAUCCAUACAAUGUCGAUUUCUACAGCCACAGAUGACAGAACCGAAGGUGAUGAUGACACAUCACAGGGAAGCCACCCAAAAGAAGAUAGUAGCGACUCUGAGAAUGAGCAGGAAAAUGAAGCUGAAAACCACAAUGAUAAUGAAAAUGAUGGUGACAGUGAAAUUAAUGAAAUUGAAAAUGAAAUGGAUCAUGAGAAUGUGAAUGAAAUGGAAAAUGAAAAUGUGCCUCAAAAUCAAAAUGGUGUUUCCAUGAGUCCGGAGGUGCAUGAAAUUACUAGUGAUGAAGAUGAAUGUGUGGUUACAAAUGAGGAUGAUUCAUCUAAUUCAAGUUCAGAAUCAAACGACAGUUCAGAGGGAUCUCAGCAGAGCAACAAAGAAAGAGAUAAACAUAAAAAUGAAGAAUCAAUGGAAAAUGGGGAAGAGUCUGAUGUUGAGGAAGUGUCCAUCGAGGAUCCUCUUAACCAGGGUAAAAGUAAGCCAGUAGCUAAUGAUACAAAAAUUUUAACAGAGCAAUCAACAAAAGAAGCUAAAACACAAGACGGUGAACAAAAUAAGGAACCAUCAGUUGUUAUAAUUGACACAAAUUCUAUAUUGUCAGGAAAAGGUCCUACACCUGUACAAAAUAAAAACAAUACCAGUUUAGAUGCGCAAAACUUAUGCCAAAGUAUUGCAGCCAGGGGAACCACAAUAACUCCAAUAAGUUGUAAAGCAAGCAACAAUAAUUCAAAAAACAAUCAGACAAAUACAGUCGUACCUCAAGCUAACAUUUUACCUUCAUUAACUGACGACAUGUUUGUUGUUGAAGCACCUUCUUUUAUUGUUCCUUAUGUCUAUGAGAAACCGUCAAUGAAACCGUUUAGAGAAUUUGUUGAUAAACUUGGAAAAGAAUUAGAAGAGAUUAAACUAAAAGAAGAACAGGAAAAACUUGAAAAGGAAAAAGCAGAAAAAGAAAAAAGAGACCAAGAAAGAAAGGAAAGAAUUGCUAGAGGAGAGGAAGUUAAAGAAGAACCUGCAGAACCUGAAAAAGAAAAUGAAACUGAUAAAGAAACUAAAAAGUCUGAGGAGUCUGCUAAAGAUAAAAAAUCAAUGAAAAAACGUAAACGUAGAAAUGAGGAUGAUGAUGACUCUUGGGAUGGGGAAUCUUCUUGUGAGUCGGAGGAAGAUGGUCUUAGUGAUGAUGACACUGUUGUUAUCAAAGAUAAGGAUGAUUCUAUAGAAGAAAUUAAAGAUCCAAUUGGUGUGAUCGCUAAAGGAAUAGGUGGCAAAGCAGACAGCUACUUUGAAUGUUCAUUGGGUCAGUUUUUUAUUAAUAUUGGUCUAAAUUUGGUACAGGAGUAUGUACAAAGUGAUUUAUUAAAAGUGCAAAAUCGCAAAUUGUAUAAGGAGAAGAAAUCAGGUCGAAGUACAAAAGCUACAGAAAGUGCUAUAACUUCACUUACUCAAAAUUUAGCAUUUAGCAAGAAAUUAAAUGCACCAUAUGCCCUGGAACAAAAGAGAUGUGAAUUUUGUAGUUUUAAAACUGAGUCCAUGCUGGUUAUGGCACAUCAUUUAGAAGCUCCACACAUGAAAAAUAACAUAUAUAAAUGCAAUAUAUGUGCAUUUGAGAUACGUAGUCCACACGAUAUACUGUUUCAUAUGGAAGCCGAGCACAACACCAGAGGAAGAUUGGAAAGAGCACCAGCAUAUCAGCAGUGUCCAAGUUGCCACUUCGAAGAUAAUAGCAAAACUAAGCUUGCGCGACACUUAAUAGCCUGUGCUAAGAAGUUCAAACCUGAAUUCAAUUUAGGCCCCCCAAUAGAGUGGGAGCCUCCAGCUAAAAUACCAAAGUUGACAAGAGCGAGGAAUAAUGCUGUAGCUCCAUAUCAAACUAAUUUCAACAGGUCUCAAGUAGGCAUGUCACCGCUUGGAAGACCACCCUUGAAUAUUUCAAAUCCGUCUAUUCCAAACAUGCCAAUGAUGGGUAGACCUCGAGGCCGCCCACCAAUGACAACUAAUCCAGCUCGAGCUCCGGUAUCAGGAGUUCCUAUUAUUCGUAGUGGUGUAAUGAUAAUGCACAACAAUCCACCUAGUGGAACAACUAUAUCCAAUUAUCCCAUUAUGCAAAAUAACCAAAACGCAACACCCAAAAUAUCCAUUACUCCUCUACCGAGAGCACCUCAACCGUCUUCAUCUAAUUCUGCACAGAAUUCGAAAGCCACCUUUGUUAUUUGUGAAAUCUGUGAUGGGUAUAUAAAAGACUUGGAGCAAUUGAGAAAUCAUAUGCAGUGGAUCCACAAAGUGAAAAUACAUCCCAAGAUGAUUUACAAUCGUCCACCUCUAAACUGUCAAAAAUGUCAGUUUAGAUUUUUCACUGAUCAAGGUCUAGAAAGGCAUCUUCUCGGAUCUCAUGGCUUAGUGACGAGUUCGAUGCAAGAAGCUGCUAAUAAGGGAAAAGAUGCUGGCAGGUGCCCUGUAUGUGGAAGAGUUUACCAAUGGAAGCUGCUCAAUCAUGUGUCUCGUGAUCACAACAUGACUCUAAAACCAGCCCACCUCUCCUAUAAGUGCACAGUGUGUACAGCUACAUUUGGAAUGUACAAACAGUUUGAAAACCAUGUUUAUUCAGCUCACAGUGUCGUCGCUAAAAGGGUGAUCGACAAAAACAAGUCCGCUGCCCCAUCAAAGUCUUCUGACACCGAGGCAAUGUUAAAACCUCUAAAAAUUAGCGAUGAAAUUACGAUUAUUCCCCAACCUGCUAAAUCAUCUGUGACAAUAACCGCUAAAGGUAAAUAACAACAAUUUUUGGGCAGUUGAAAAUUUGGAAAAUAGACCCAUGGUAUAUUAUUCAAUGCUUACAGAAAUGCACUUCCGUGAUAUGGGGCAGUAUUGUGUACAUAGAUCAAAACUGCAACACUAUAUUAUCUGUUUAUUAAAGAUAUUCAUGUUGAGAAUGAUAAAUAUAGUGACAUUUUCACUAACCUAAUAAAAUAUGUGAGUGUUAUUUUUAACAAAUGCUAGAGUUAAGUUGUAAAUUGAGUGUAUAAACAAAAUAUAAUCAGGACAAGUAUUUUCUGACAAAGUUAUUGUUAGAUUACCUAAUACACAAUUUGUAUUUGUGACUUGUAUGCUGUUAUUUUGUUUGUCUGUCACAAAGAUAACUCUGGAGUAAUUAAAAUAUUGAUCUGCAUCCGCAUUGUAUGUUAGUGAGUGGAAAUGAUGGUACGAAUGAGCAACUUAGAGAUAGUUUUUUAAAUCAUUAUUAAGUAAUUUAUUUGCAUCUUCUUGUAUAAUCUGUGACUAUAGGUUUUAUGUCUACCUAUGGAUAUCUGAACCAUGUUGUCUGAACGAUAUUCAGAUUACCAGUUGUAGUUAAAUGUAGGUGGACAUUAAUAAAAUGAA